GAACAGGGUCACAUACUUUAUUCAGUCUCUGAGACUAGACAAAUUCUCUAUAAGAGAAAAACCGAAAUAAUUCUGGCUAUCAGACUGAGAGAUGCUGCCUCUGCUGCUGUAUAUUGUUCUCCAGGCUGUGUCCCUAUCUCAAGGGCUCAACAGUACAGAUGACCUUCCUCCGAAAAGUGUGGCAAAUGCUGAUCACUCUGACAAACAGAUUGAGCCCUCCAUGCUAAGCCUGUCUCGGGGCUGCUCUGGUGUUGUAAGGGCUCUUCACCAGAACACUACAGUGGAUGUGACCCUCAACCUGCUGGAUUCUCAGGAAAAGAAACAGCUUGCCAAUCAAAUCUGUGAAAGUCUUGGUUGUGGCCAAGUUUUUGAACAUGGUGUAACUGCAACAGUACGCAGCGGCACUUGUCUUGCAGGCUGCAUCCUUAGAGACUCAAAACUGCAAAACUGCACUACAGAUGCAGACCAUGACUGCACAAAUGCAACUGAAAUAAUUUGCGAGCACCAGGCUGUCCGACUGGUUGGAGGACAUGACCGCUGUGCUGGACGCGUGGAGCUACUGCUGUCUGGGUACUGGGGAACAGUGUGUGAUGAUAAUUUUGACAUGAGAAGUGGAAACGUAGUAUGCGCCCAGCUAAACUGUGGCAUUGCAAAAAAAUUGUCCAAUCUUGGGGCUGGAACGGGACCCAUUUAUAUCAGCAAAAUGAAAUGCAAAGGCUCAGAGAGCAACUUAUGGGUAUGCAAUCUCAACGACACCACUCCCAGCAACUACUGUGGACAUAAAGAAGAUGCCGGAGUUGUGUGCUCAGAAAGUACUGAGAUCUCGCCCACAACAGACAACACAACCAAGUUUAUAACACAUACUGCAGAGACAACCGCAGUGUCGGCAAUGGAACCCGUCAGUAGAGUUUCAGCAGCAGCAAUUGGCUGCUUCAUCUUAUCUAUCCUGUUACUGCUGUUUAUUUUAUCAAAUGCUACUGUCUAUGUGCAUUUCAAAAGAGGACAGGCUUGUGCGAUUCCUCAACAUCACAGUAAUUCCCACGCAAGCACAGAGUACCAGUCCAGUGCACAAAUAGGAACCUACCAGCAGUCUGUCCCUGCCACGGGGGAAGUACGUCAGUACGAAAUUCCUGGUCCAAGACCGAGCUCAGACUAUGCCUAUAGAUUUUCCAGGAGAACAAAUCGAACCUCUCACAACUCUGACAGCUCCGCUGAUUCAAACUAUGAACAUCACAACAGCGAUCGAGUACAAAGACUUCAAAACAACUUACACACAGUAGAUGCGAAUUAUUCAAGCAGUACAUCCUCCGGAGAGGGCUACGAAAACGCAAAGACCGACAUGAACAACAUUCUCAAGUCACAAUUUUUGAAUGAUUCAGACAGUACAUCUUCUGGAGAGUGGUAUGAAAACACGAAGAUCGACAUGGAAAACAAUCUCCAGUCUGAUAACGAGGAGAACCCAUCACUUCCUGAGAAGUCACUACAGACACUGCACAGUGCUCAGAUGACAGCAAACACUGCUGCUUAUGGCGAGCCUCACUUACCCAACAGUCAAGUAGAUGUGAAUGAUUCAGACAGUACAUCUUCUGGAGAGUGCUAUCAAAACAUAGAUGCAGACACCUUUCUUCAGCCUGGUAAAGAAAGCCCAUCCCUUCCUGAGCAGACACUCCUGAAUCACCACAGUACACAGAUGACAGGAAGUACUGCUGGUUAUGAAGACCACCAUGCACCUGGAAACCUCAGUCAAGAAACGGAUAAUAUUAGCAUAUCAUCGGAGGCAUCGUAUGUAAAUGUUCCACCAAUAAAAGAUUCUCCUGAAAGAGAAGUCUCAUCAGACAGCAACUACGACCAGGCUGAAAACUGGUGAAAUCAACGUGGCUACUGCAAGAGACAUUUGUGCACGAAAGUAAAAUACAGCGAAACACCAAACAACAUCCCAAAAAGGAUUGCUUACUCUUUAUUCCUUAUUCAACAUCUGGAUGUGUAUAGUGCUGUGCAUUUAUUCUUUAGAACUGAGGAUUCACAACAAUGGUGUCCCUAACACUUGAACACAGAUGUGGAAUGUAACACAAAUGGGCACUUGUAAUACCCAAGUGUUUCUAAGGACUAUUAAGCAAGAACUGGGAUAAUUAACAAAUGAAUAACAUGCAAACAAACAUACAUUUACAAAUGAAAAUAAACAUUUUAAACAAUGACCAAGAUCCAGCAUCCUAAUGCUUUUUCUAUUAUUUAACUUCAUCUAAUUAUUUUAUAAUAUCAAAAGUCAUAAAAUUGUCCUGUGUGAAAAUGUCCCUAUUUAAGUAUGAAGUUCUGGCCUUUUUAUAGAGGGCAACAGUGCCUGCUAACUUUUUCAACCAUCUUGGUUCUGGAAGUAGUUUUCCCAUUCUCAUUAGGGAUUUCAUAAAAUUAUUUAUAAAAGAAUUGUAAGCCAUGAACCAGGCAUAGACAGUGUGGGUAUGUACUUUAUGUCUUUAAUGAGGGAUUGAAGCAUUGCAAAUGACAUCAAAUUAAAAACAAUGGAAAUAUAUAAAACUAUUGAGUUUAAGUAGUUAAUUAGAAGUAUAGAAACAAUAUAUUUUAUCCUAUUACAAAAUAUUCAGAUGUAUUAAAAAAAAUUUCACUGAGCACUUUAUUAGGAACACCUGUACACCUUCUUAUUUAUGCGAUUAUGUAAUCAGCCAAUCAUGUAGCAGCAGUGCAAUGCAUAAAAUCAUGUAGAUAUGGGCCAGGAGCUUCAUUUAAUGUUCACAUCAACCAUCAGAAUGAGGAGAAAAUAUGAUUUCGACCAUGGCAUGAUUGUUGGUGCCAGACAGGCUGGUUUGAGUAUUUCUGUAACUGCUGAUCUCCUGGGAUUUUCACACACAACAGUCUCUAGAGUUUACUCAGAAUGGUGCCAAAGACAAAAAACAUCCAGUGAGUGGCAGUUCUGCAGAUGGAAACACCUUGUUGAUGAGAGAGAGGUCAAAAGAAAAUGGCCAGACUGGUUUAAGCUGACAGAAAGGCUAUGGUAACUCAGAUAACUCUGUAUAACUGUAGUGAGCAGAAUAGCAUCUCAAAAUGCACAACACGUCGAACCUUGAGGCGAAUGGGCAACAACAGCAGAAGACCACGUCAGGCACUUUAUUAGGACCAUAGUG